AGGUGCUCCAAUAUGGCUGCUCGGCCCUCGUCACCUGGGGCAGCCGAAGUGAUCAGGUACCAUCGGCGGUUGGACAGGACGCCAGAAAAACAGUUUCAUGAAUUACCCGACACUGACAAAAAAUUAAUCAGUCAAAUUCGGCGAGCAACAGAGAAAACUGUGACAUCUGUCGGGAAACUAAAGGACGAUAUAGAAGAACGAGAGAAAACCAUUGAAGAGGAAAGAUCUUUACGAUUGGCUGUUGAAGAAAGGUUGAAAGGGCACUUGGUUGAUAUGUACAAAAGUGCUGAUGUUAACAGUGAACUAAGAGAUAGGUUACCAAGGGCAAAUAAAACAGACAUUUUAACAUCAGAGAUGUUGCCUACCAGAGAGCAAAGCGAGCAGAAUGGUCCAGCCAGAAGCCAAGUUACUGAAGCAAUGGACCCAACAAUAAUGAAACACAACCACAUAAAUGGCCCACCUAGGAGCCAAGUUACUGAAGAGAUGGUUGAUGAGCUGGCUGAACAGUUUGCUCGACUGGACAACAGGGGAGAUGAGGCCCACGAGAAGAAAGGCGAACGAGAAGCAGGUCCUGGGGAAGCAGUGGGUGCUCGAUGUAGGCUCGAUUUCAACAAUGCCACGACCACCCAGCUAAAGGGAGCUGACAUACGCAGACACUCCAUCAGUGAUACAUCUGACCUUGACCCACAGAGAGACCCGGCAGGCUUGAGACGACAGACCCACAGACCGAUGCAUGAACCUUACAACCACCCUGUUUCUACCAACCCCGUGUCUAGCAACCCAGUGCUGCCCCCAGCCCCAAUCUACAGUGAUGGCCUCCCUGUUUACUCCCAUGUGUAUGAAGCACAGCCGGGUCCUGCCUCCAACCUGCCAUUCUGGCGCUACAUGAGCUCUUCCUCCCCGGUUCUGUACCAGUCCCACGAUCAGCUUCCACCCAGAGUUGUCCGUUCCCUUCCAGUGUCUGUUCCCUUCCAGCCUCACUUAAGUCAUCACCGAGGGUUCUCGUCCCCCCUUGAGAAGACCAUCACACCUGAUAAGACAACCAUGUCUUCCAGUAAUGAAUCUGGAUUUGUAUCAACAGAAGAGAAAGAUUUAAGCCAUCAAAGUGCCAGGUUUCCACGUCCACAUGCCCUACAUUCGUCUGCAACCAGCGAUCUUGGGGCUUCCAUGACCAACAGAUUUCCAGCUACUUCAGAGUUCCAGCCGAUGUACAUGAGUUUUGGAGGUCAUGAUGGCCACCAUGGACUGCACACGAAUGUGCCAGUGCAGCCACCUACUGCUACUUACUCAACUCAAGUCAAGAUGCGUUUGUCUACCGAGUUGGAGGCACAGAGGCUGCUCAGUGAGAAGCUGAGAGAAAGUCUGACUCUGGCCGAGUGUAAACUGAAGACCAUCCAGCUUCACAGUCAGCAGAGAGAGGCUGAGGCCAGGAUACAGAUGACGGAAAAGGCUGCAGAGCUGGUGAAACAGUUCCGUAAAGCUCAUAGGCAUGGGGAGGACACAAUCCUGGAACAGAUGAGGCCUGCCGACCAGACUGACGAGGAUGUUCAUAGCUCUUUGUACUUUGAUGCCAGUGUGUAUGACAGAUCAGAGGCCACUAGUGAGCAGUCUGCGGAGUCAGAUGAAAGUGACCAAGAUUUCAACUUCUUGCAGACAUCAUCCACAAACUCCAGUCCCAGGAACAGUGUGUCGGUGGAUCAGGUCAGCUGCCGUCUCCUGAGUCAGAUUGACAAGAUGCUGACAGAGAGAGAGUUCAUGAAGAAAGAUAUGACAGCUGUUAUCCUUUCCCGAGAUCGAGCUGUAGCUGAGCGGAGGAAGAUGGAACGUGAGUUGCGCCAAUAUCGGGAGAAUGUGGCAGGCUUCAGGGAAGACCAGCACGCUCUAUGGGUUCUGCAGCAGGAGAGGGAUGCCGCCUUGAGGAAGGUGAAACACCUGGAGGAGAGCAUGCAGCACACACAGCUUGCCUACAGUCUUCAGAAAUCUUUGUCACCUGAAGUGAUCCACAAUACCUUAGAUGCUCAGAAACAGAAGGACAAAUCAAGGUCCUCCCCAAUGGAGGGACAAGAGAAGGAGAGAAUAUGGCCUCCUGAUGGUCCUCUCAAGGACAUGUCCGACCUUCGACACAUGAACAAUCAGUGGAGACAGGAGAACAACCAGCUUCUCAGUCAGCUGCAACAUGUAAAGAUGGAGCGGGAUAACCUGAAGAUGCAUCUGAAGACGACCAUGGACAACAACAAGCGACUUGAAAGACAAGUGAUUGUGCUUCAACGUAAACUGACUGAGAGUUAUGAUUCCAAAUAAAUCCAAGUCAUACAGUCUUCCAUAUAUACAUUGGAAAAUAUUCAUACUUCAUAUUUGUUUAUAUGUUUAUAUGUUGUUCAAAGUAACUAUUUUCUUAUUUGGAUCACAGUUGUAAUAUUUAUACCAAAAUGUCUACCAAAACAGGUCCUUCAUAAAGAAUCUACUUUACGCUGCAUUUACAAUAUACAUUCCUGCCAGAAUAUGUACUGUCUGAGGAGAAUCUCUAUUUGUAUAAACACUUUACCUUAGAAAUGUCCAUGUAUUAUAUAUUCCUAGUUAUGAAUCUGUUGUUGCCAAGGUAUAUUGUCUCUUUAUGUCUUCCUGUUGAAACUUUACUGAUGAGAUUUUUUCAAUUAACUCAUUAUAGAAAUUAUUUUAUAUAUUUUGAAAUUUCUAUGAAAUGUUUCCUUCCAAAUACGUCUAUAUGAACAGGGGUCAGUGAAAUGUUGAUCCAAUGUAACUCUCUUGUGUUACGUCACAUCUGACAAAAAAAGCAAAUAAGUAAUAUUCCACACUUAUGCUGCUUUUAUGACACUUUACACUUUGAUUGUUUUGGUCAUGUAAAACUAUAAGUAAUAAUGAAUAUCAUUAUGACACUGAUUUGGAACUUUACAUACCAAAGACAAACUUAGCCCAAAUGUUAACUGUAAAGGUUUUAGUGCAUGUGUUAUUUCAGUCAAUUUGCCAUUAGCUGCAAGUUUAUAUUAUCUUGUUCUAUGUUGCACUGUGACUGGCUAGGGGUCAACUAAUAUUCAGGUGCUGUCUCUUAGACUUUGAGCUUGAGAAUAUUGAGCAUGCACCCAGAGUAUAUUUAUCACAGCUAUAUACAAUAGAGUGUUUAUAAAUCUUCCUUGAAAAGCUUUCUGCCCAUCAAAGUAGCAUUCCCUGGUUAAUUAAGUUGUUCCAGGAUUUAUAACUUCAUUGACCUCUUUCUAUUCCUUUGGUGAGGUUCGUGCUCCACGGGUAGGAAACAUGGGACAAUCAUAGUCUAUUUUGUGGCAAUGGUGGGAUCAUUAAAUUUAUGGCAUGUUAGUGAUUAGUUAAAAAAUAGUCAAUUGGCUUUCUGUACAUGUCGGCAAUUUAUUGCCGUGCUCAUUUGCAAUUUGUGUUGGUGAUAUGCAUGCAUUGAGAGCAGGUUUGGAGAGGGUUACAUUAUCAGAAGGUAUUUUCUGAGCUUCUGAAAAUGAUUUACAUUAAGUCCUGAUGUCAAAGGUGAAACAGGCAAAGGUUGAUUUUUUUUGUGUCUGUAACAACAUGUACACCUUCAUCAAAUUUGCCACACAUACACCUAUACACAUGCAUAUGCAAAUAUACAUACAUCAUACUUGCCACACAUGCACACCGACACCAACAUGUAAACAUACAUCAGACUUGCCACACAUACACCUAUACACAUACAUCAGACUUACCACACAUACACCUAUACACAUACAUCAGACUUGCCACACACACCAACACCUACAUGUACACAAACCUCUUUGCCCCUCGACACACGGACACAUUCACACACCACAUACCUGCCCCAUCCCACCCAUAUGUAAACCUGUGGUGGUUUUGCACAUUUGAAUGACAUAUUUUUCUGUGGCAGUGGUGCACAUGUCUACCUGUAAGACUUACAUUCUUAAUUAUUUCAACAGUAAGUACAUGUCAGGUCAUCGAUCCCAAUUGCGUAGAUCCAUGCUCAUGAUAUUAAUCACUGGAUUGUCUGGUCCAGACUCGAUUAUUUACAGACCGCCGUCAUAUAGCUGGAAUAUUGCUGAGUGUGGCGUUAAACAACAAACCAACCAACCAACAUGUCAGGUGAUUUGCAUGUCACUAUUUUUACUUACUGCCACAUCUACAGGUUUCAGAAGGAAACUCUGAGAUGCCUCAUAGGCACUCUUGUUCAUCAUGGCUUCCAUUGAUUCUGUACAAGUAUAUCAUACAUUACAUUUGAUGGGUUUAAUCUUUCAGGUUUGUUUUAUUUGUCUUCCAUUGUUGGUGUGGUUUAUUUGAAGUGUUUAGUGAAAUCAUGUAUUUUCUUCAUAUACCUCAUAAUCAAAUACAGCCUUGGUGAUGGCAAGUCAGUAUCUACAUGUGUUUGGAUAAUUUAUUUAUUUAUUUAUUUUGAAGUCCUAUUACCAUCAUGCUAUUUGUAUUGUUGAUUUUGUUGACAUAAGAGUAUUUAAUAUAUUGUAUGUUAUAUUUACAGUGCCAAUAUCUAUAUUCCUAUAUAUGUGAAGUUUGUCAUGAUUGUUUCAUAAAAUGUAGUGUUAGAUGUGUUGGAUGUUAUAGAUAUUAUAAGAUAGAGUGGUAUAUUUACCCCAAGUUUUCUGUCAGUAUUAUACAAUCUGAUGUUAUACAAUUGAUGUUUUAUAUUUAAAUAACACAAAAGGUAUGGUAUGGAUUAAAUUGUCUUCGAAUAAGUUUCUGAAAGGAUCCAUUUAGUUGGUCUUUCUGACAUAGUCAUCCUGCGAACC